AUGGCCACCGUGCUGGGGCUUGGGCGGGCCCGCAAGGCGACGCUCAAAGUCAGCCCGCCUUCCACGGAGAAGGCCCCGGACAUGCAACCAAGCUACAGUGAUGCGAACGAGGCUGUUUGCGGCGGCUGUCGGCUUGGCGGCGAGCUCAUCUGCUGCGAGGCCUGUCCCGCUGCCUUCCACCCCCGAUGUGCCGGCUUUGCCAGUCCCGAGGAGGUGCCGGAUGGCGACUGGUUCUGCUGGUUCUGCGCCAAGGAGCGCGGCGAGGAGCCGGCAGCGCGCCUGCCGCCCUUCCGGCCUCCGCGCCACCCCCAGUCUUACGUCAUGCUGGCAUCAGACGAGGUGUGCGAGAUCUACUACCGCACCAGAGUUGUGGAGGACCAGGGUGACUCUUUGCUGCUGCAAUACGCGGACAUCGAGGCCCAGGCCUAA